GAGUGUUUAGAGUUUGCAACCUCGCGGUUCGGGUUCGGCCAUGAGUGUGGGUCUGUGGUUCCGACUGUGUGACGAGGGCGACCUGGAGAGCGCGCGCCGCGUGCUGGAGGACCCGGGCGGGCGCGCGCAUGUGGACGGGACCGAUGACGAGGGAAACACGGCGCUGAUGCUCGCGGCCGCUGGCGGGCACGAGCCCCUGGUCCGGUUCCUCCUCAGGAAAGGCGCAUCAGUGGACCUUCGGAACCAGCACGGCUGGACUCCGCUCAUGCAGGCCGCCAGGUUUGGUCAUGUGACCGUGGCUCACCUCCUGCUGGAGAACGGUGCCGAGAUCAACGGCCGGAACCGUCUGGGCGCUAGCGUCCUCACCAUAGCGGCCCGCGGGGGUCACGCUCAGCUAGCCAAACUCCUGCUGGAGAACGGCGCCUUCGUGGAUGAUCUGGACCACCUGUGUGCGGCGGAGGGCAGCGGGGUCAGCGGGGUCACCGGCAGGAGCUUCCUGGAGGUCACGGCUCUGCUAGCCGCUGCCCAGCACGGGCACGAGUCUGUGGUCCAGCUGCUGCUGGACUGGGGCGCUGACGUUAGCUUCGCGCAGAAGAGCACUGGCUGGAGCGCGCUAAUGCUAGCGGCGGCCGGCGGGAGGCUAAGCGUCACACAGCAGCUGGUGGAGCGAGGAGCCGACCCUGACCAGAUCAACGUGCUGGGCAAGACCGCCUUCGAGCUGGCGCUGCGGCACAGAGAGGUCAAGGGUUACCUGGACCCCAUCACCACCGUCCGCCCGCAGCCAGAUGAUGAGAAGAAACGGCCUGAUGUCUUCCAUGCACUGAAGUUAGGGAACGCUCAGCUGGUGAAGGAGAUCGUGGAGGAGGACUCGGGGCAGGUGAACGCCCUGAACGCUGACGGAGCGUCUCCGCUGAUGAUGGCGGCUGUGAGUGGGCAGCUGGAGCUGGUGCAGAUGCUGGUGGAGAAACAGGCUCACGUGGACCAACGGGACUCAGUGCACGGCUGGACAGCGCUCAUGCAGGCCACGUACCACGGGAAUAAAGAAGUGGUGAAGUUUCUUCUGAAUCAGGGCGCUGACGUCAACCUGAGAGCCAAGAACGGAUACACGGCCUUUGACCUGGUCAUGCUGCUGAACGACCCCGACACGGAGCUGGUGCGUCUGCUGGCGUCGGUGUGUAUGCUGCUGGACAGAGACAAGAACAAACACAGAGGAACAUCUCCUGCCAAGAGGAGGCCGUCUCUCAGUGUGACGCCGCCACAGGACGAUCGAGGUGGCCUAAAGUCCUGGUGGAACCGCAUGUCCAACCGCUUCCGCAGACUGAAGCUCACACACACGCUGAGACACGGGCUCUCCACCAAUCGGCUCGCUCCGUUCCCCGAUGACCCCGCCCUCCCCCUGGACGCCACCAUGAAGGCCCGGGGCGACAGUGACCCUGAGGUCAGCGCUGAGGUCAUCGCCAGGAGUAAAGACUGCGGUUUAAACAGAACAGGAAGUGGGAAAGAUGACUUCCUCAUCACGACAAUGCUGAGGAACGGAGCUCCGCUCGCUCGCCUGCCCAACGAGAAGCUGAAGGCCGUGAUCCCACCGUUCCUGCCGCCCUCCCAGUUCGAGCCGUGGAGUUCUGAUCGCGGCGGGAACACGAGACCCGAUCCCUGGAGUUCUGAUCGCGGCGGAUCCCUGAAGGAGCGGAGCGGGAACACGCCUCAGAGGCCCGGCAGAACCAGCGCCAACAACUCUGAUACGUCCAUUAGUCGAGUGGUCAGCAGGUCCAUCAAGUUUCCCAGCAUCACCAAAGGCCCCUCCCCCUCCAACUCAGGCAAUUAUAACUCCGCCCACUCCUCUGGCGGGUCCAAUGGUGUGGGAGGAGUCAACCGUCACGCCUCUGACUCACACAACCGCUCAGGUGGCAGUGGUGCAGACAGUGUUCUCUCUCAAAUCGUGGCUCAGAGAAAGAGAGCGGCUGGUUUGAUUGACAACAGGGCGGUUGCCGUAGAGACGCCGCUGCCCUCUGACAUCAUCCCGCCGGACAGCGCCGGCAGACGGAAGCUGGAUCUGCAGAAGCGUCCUCAGUCAGGGAACUCCUCCAGGUCUAAGAGCACGUCUCCCACUCUCACUCCCUCUCCGACGGCCUCGCCCAAACCCCCCGGAGACUCUCAGUCGUCCACGUCAUCAUCACAGGCCCGAUCCAACUCCAGCAGCGGCACCAUCACCGACGACGACGAGUUAUCAGGGAUUCUGAGGAAACUUUCUCUGGAGAAAUACCAGCCCAUCUUUGAGGAGCAGGAGGUGGACAUGGAGGCGUUUCUGACGCUGACGGACGGAGACCUGAAGGAGCUGGGCAUUAAAACUGACGGACCACGACAGCAGAUCCUGGCGGCCAUUUCAGAGCUGAACGCUGGCAAAGGGAGGGAAAGACAGAUCUUACAAGAAACCAUCCAUAACUUCCAGUCUUCAUUUGGCAGCAGCGCCAGUAACCCUCGGCCCGCGGGGCGCCCGCGCUCCCCGUCAGGCUGGAGUCGACACCAGCUGCAGUCCAGCAGACGCUGAGGGAAGAGGGAAGAUCGUGAUGAAGGUGUAAUACCCUCGCCUCACGCCAGGGGGCGCCGCGGGCCGCGUGAUAAUCGGUCAUGAGCG